AUGAUUUUCAAGCAUUCCUUGAUUCCACAGUAUAGUGCAGCUGCUCCUCCGGUGUUUGCGGAAGGAGAAGGCAUGCAUUGUUUGGGUUUUCCUACCGCUGCAGCUGUGGCAGCCUGCCUGGUCGCCUUGUUUCUCCUGCCCACCUCCUCUGGCUUCCCACGACCCGCAGACUUCACGCCAAAACUCCAAGCGCCCUUCAUAAAUGGUAUGCCAUCAUCCUCCAGUCGAAGAAAUCCUUCCAGAUGCGUUUCGACGCGCUUUCGCAGAAGAAUUCCAGUUCUCUUGUACCAAGAAGACGGCGGUGACGAACAGAAGGAUGCUGAAGGACGAGCUCAAAACAUCUUACCAGACGAAGGAGACGUGGGAGUAGAAGAGGACUACAGCGUUAUGACUCGCCUCCGUGAGGAAGCCGAGUCUCCGUUCCGAUCUCUUCGUUUCCUUAUCUACGGCGGUGUGGGAGCUUCUGGGGCGAUCGGUGCGCUCACAGCCUUGACUGGAGCUCUGGCCGCAUUCUCGGGGGUGCGGGGCGCGGUGCCGCUGAGCGAGUCGGGAAAGGACAUUGCCAUCGACCUCGGGGCCAUAGGGUUGGCCGCGCUCUUGUGGAAUCUAGACUCGCAAACGAAAGCUCGGAAACUCGGCCGCCUAUCCCGGGGGGCGAAAAUCGCUUCCCUGAAAGUGCAGGUGCAGGAUGGGGGCGGGGCGGGCGAGCGCCCCGUCCUAAGCCUGGCAGACUUUCGUCGGGACCGUGGGAUGGCGAGGCGCGUGGUCAUUUUUGCAGGCGGGGAGGAUGUCGUCCAGGCGGCGUUGAACACGGCAGGGGAGGCUGGGAUGAAAGAGCGGCUGAUUCGGAAUGCGUUCCUCGUCGUGCCUUUGGUGCUGCCCGCGGACGGUGAGGACAACCCCUCCGUCUUGGGCUUGGCGCAGGAGCGCUUGCAAGGCGCACAGGACGAGCCACACGUGGGGUGGCCGUUGCUCCUACGGGAAUGGCAGGACUACCUGGCAGCAGAGGCGGCCGCCGCUCGCAAGCAAGGCAUCGACCCGGUCCAGCAGGGCAUCUCGGUAGUUCUAAAACUGAACGGACGGGUGGGGCAGCGCGCCUUUGGGAAGCCUGCAUGGGAACGGCUAGUGGGCGAUGUGGAACGGCGGCGGCGGAGGGGCUUGGAUGUGACGAAUAUUUAGGGGUAGGACUGGUGUAGGGGGUGAAAUGUGUCAGACGGAACAUAGUGUGACAAAGAAUGCAAAACGUGCGUGUGACACUCGCGAUUGCGCG